AUGAGUGCACCGGUAGCCAAGGCGGCGAAUCCGUCGACGCAUGUUGACCCCAAAUCGGCACCUCUCAAAGAGAUCCCAGAUAUCCUUGUGGAUCCCCGGACAAUGAAAAGGUACACUCGGGGAAGAUUUCUCGGUAAGGGAGGGUUCGCCAAAUGCUACGAAAUCACAGACAUGGACACCAAAGAGGUGUUCGCCGGUAAAGUCGUCCCCAAAUCCAUGAUUCUCAAGCCUCACCAGAGGGAGAAGAUGACUUCCGAAAUCGCCAUUCACAAGAGUCUCGACAACCCGCACGUCGUGGGAUUUCACGGCUUUUUCGAGGACGACGACUUCGUUUAUGUGGUUUUGGAAAUCUGCAGGCGAAGGGUGAGUGGAUUUGUUGACUGAUUACUUAGGUAAGUUGUCUUUGCUAACAACGUAUUUUGCUAGUUACUGUAGCUAGCUAACCAUUUCCUAAUCUAGGAAAGGAAGUCCACCGGUCAACAUGGCUAGUUACUUGAUUUGACAAUACUUUGUUGUUAACCACAGCUUGCCCACAAGUUGACUGACUAGCAUUGCAUAAAUAACUAGGUUUAUAGCUUUGUGCUUUUGAAUGAAAGUUAUUUACAACUUUGCACUUAAAAGUAGUAGUUAGCCCUUUUGAGGAAUUUGUGCAAACUGUACUGAAAGCUGGUUUCUUGGCAUGACAACUUUAGGCUAAGUACCUGUCCCCCCAAUCAGACAUUCAGAAGUCAACCCUAAGAAUACAAGUUAACCUAGCUAUAUAAAAUAGUCCUUAACCCCCCCCCUCUCCUGUGCUGUUCUGUCCCCAGUCUCUGUUGGAGCUGCAUAAGCGUCGGAAGGCGGUGACCGAGCCAGAGGCCCGCUACUACAUGAUGCAGCUGGUUAAAGGCUGCCAGUACCUCCACAACAACAGAGUGAUACACAGAGGGCCUUAA